AUGAAGAUCAUGCGGCUACGCGUUUCUGAAGGGUUGAAGAAUACGUUCAAGUGUAUGGGAACGGCUAAUAUAACACGAGCCCAACUACAAGACCGUAACUUCCUCGAGAGCUGCAUCGACCGCAAUCUGUCCUUCCUGAAGUCCAUUCCGAACUCGGUUCAAUACUGGCAGCAGAGGAAACGAGACGUGUUUGCGAUGAUCCGUCAGUUGGGAAAGCCGACUAUGUUCUUGACGGUGAGUGCCAAUGAAAUCAGGUGGCCACAUUUGUUAGAAAUUCUGCAGAAGUUGGCGAACGGAUGCAACGAACCCGCAGCGGCCAACAUCAGAGCACAGUUGACUGCACUGCAACGGGCCACGCUUGUUUCCGAAGAUCCAGUAACGUGUUGCGCGUAUUUCAACAAAUUGGUUAACGUGCUGAUGCAGCUGCUGUCGUCGUCAAGAUAUAGUCCGUUCGGGAAAUUCUAUGUCGUGGAUUACUUCAAACGGAUUGAAUUCCAACAUCGUGGAAGUCCACAUGCGCAUAUUCUGCUAUGGUUGGCCAACGAUCCUCGCGAAGCUGUGUCGGAAAACAUGCCUGCUACCGUUGAGCUGAUCGAUGCUCUCUGCUCCGUUAGUGUCGAUGACCUGCCUGAAACGUAUGGAAAUCAGGUACACAAGCAUACGUUUACGUGCUUCAAGCGUAACGACAAACGGUGCCGGUUUAAUAUUCCGUACUGGCCGAUGGAUCAGACCAGGAUAUUGAUUCCGAUCACGGCGGGCGAUGGUCGACUCGACGAUUUGCGAAGACGUGCCGUCCAACUGCGAGAUGCUCUCGAAACUAAAAGUUUCGACUCCCUGGAAGCCUUCCUUGUCGACUCAAACUGCACAUACGAGUACUAUCUCGAUGUGAUUCGUGCUUCGAUUCGCCGACCGACGGUUUGCUUGCGACGGUCCAUGACGGAGCUCUGGACCAAUUCGUUCAACCCCUGGAUUGCGAAGAUCCUAAAAUCCAACAUGGAUUUACAGUUCGUUUUGGAGGAGUUUUCGUGUGCUGCCUAUGUCGUUGAGUACGUAAACAAAACCAACAGAGGCAUAAGUAGCUUACACAGGGAGCUGGUCAAACUCCAAGAAGAACAUCCGGAAAGCGACUACAACGACCUUCUGAAGAAAGUCAGCAUUAAAAUGCUCAACGCCGUCGAAAUGUCUGCUCAGGAAGCCGCGUGGUACUUGCUUCGGCAACCGAUGUCGGAAGCUAGCCGAAAGGUGGAGUUUAUCCCGACCAUGUGGCCGCACGAGCGAAUCAAGUCGCGGAAAUGGACGAAGCAGAUGGACGAGGAAGAGCUAGAAGAUGACUCGACCGAUGUUUGGACCCUCAAUGUCAUCCAGAAAUACGAGUCGAGAACAGGAAUGGAUGACAUUUGCCUGGCGGAUUUUGUGGCCUGCUACACGGAGGAAAAGAAUGCAAAGAAUUCGUUCAAAUUGCGAAGCUUUCCCCGUGUGAUACGGUGGUGCGCAUACAAUAUGUCCGAGCUGGUUGAGUACAAACGCGAGAUGGUGCUGCUAUUUUUGCCGUUUCGGAACGAGGUCUGCGAUAUACUGGACCGGAAUAAAUUUCUGCAGUUGUAUGAGGGCAAUGAGGCUACCAUCCUUGCCAAGUUGAAGGAGUACGACUGCGAAAUUAAUUUGGACCAGGUCGUGGAUGAGUAUAUCCGGCUGUCCGACGAGGAUGACGAACAGCAAGCAGCAGCUGGUCAAAAGCGCGAUGAGUUUGUCCGAACCAUCACCAUGGAACCGAACGAUGACGAUAUUCAGUACUUGCCGACAGGACCCAUGGCGGCUGUUGUUAAACAGCGUUCCAAUGUUCUGUCGAAACAGGAGUACUGUGAGAUGGUUCGUGCGACGAAUGCGGAGCAGCGUGAUUUGAUCCUGCAAGUAAUCGACAACUUGCACAGCUUUAGCGACGACAGCAAACCAGUGCAGAUUUUCUUCACCGGUCCGGCAGGCUGUGGAAAGACGUUCACUUUGAGAAUCCUGAUGGAGACGGUCAAUCGCUUCAGUCAGGCGCAUAAUUCCCAAAGUAAUGCCUACGUAGCUUGCGCGUCCACAGGGAAGGCAGCCGUUGCCAUCGGUGGUACCACAGUCCAUUCCGCAUUCCGGAUUACGAUGUCCCGUAGACAAAGCUCAAAGCUGAGUUUUGAAGCGCGGCAGCUGUACCGUAAUGCCUUUGCAAAUGUAAAGGUCAUUAUUGUUGAUGAAACCAGCAUGCUUGGAGCUGAUGUUCUCAACACGGUACACGCUCGGCUGCAGGAAAUUACGGGCAAUUAUGACGAUCCGUUCGGCGGUAUGUCGAUUGUGUUUUGCGGCGAUCUACGACAGCUACCCCCUGUCAAUGCACGACCAGUGUUCAAACCCUCUGCCAAUUCGAUGCACGGUGCGGUGUUGUGGCAGUCUCUGGAGUUUUACCCACUGGUUCAAGUCAUGCGUCAGGCUAACGUAGAGUUUUCCUCUAUUCUGACCAAAAUCGGUAACGGAGAACAGUUGUCCCCGGAAGAAAUCCGCCUGAUCGAGAGCCGUUUUCGUACAACGGAAUGGUGUCAGCAGCAUGUACCGCAAGCAAUACGGCUAUUCCAUCGAAACGCUGACGUGGAGCGAUACAAUACCGUAGCAUUGAUGGAUCGCGACGCAGCUGAAAGUACGGCGGAUGAUGUGUACUCCGGGUACAAAGACAACUCCCAGCUGGUUGGAGCGCGCACGAAAGUGCACAAGAUGAGCGUUGUGGAGGCUGGCGGUCUGCCGUACUUACUACGACUGGUGGUGGGUACCCCGUACAUGAUCACCACAAACAUCGACGUUGAAGAUGGUUUGGUGAACGGUGCUAUCGGUGAGCUUAUGUUCGUCGAGCACAGCGAAGAUGAUCCGCAGCAGCAAAUCGUCAAGCUGUGGUUCAACUUCGAGAACAGCUCUAUCGGCAAGGCGUUGCGGGUGAAGGCCCACCCGCUGGUGUACUCGAAACCAGGAGUUUUGAAUCCGGAGUGGACCCCAAUCGCCAAGCGCUCCGCGAACAUCAACCUCAAUGGUGGCGUAAAGUGCAGGAGAAUGCAGUUUCCGGUGGUGAGCGCAUGUGCCCUUACGGUGCACAAAUCUCAGGGCGGCACCUUUUCGGAAGUAGUGUUCAGCUACGAGAAAGGCCAGGAACAGCAGCUGGUGUACGUUGGAUUUUCCAGGGUGACUUCACUCGAGGGAUUGUUCCUCACCAACCCUACCAACAGCUUCCGGUUUCACCACGGCAAAGGCGCAAUCACGCCAAGAAUCUGCGAUCUCCGCACAGAGCUGGAGAGAUUGAACAACCACCGCCUGCGCACCAUCGGCGAAGACGUCAUGGAGGUGAUAUCAUCGAACCGAUCUGCUUGCACGAUGAUGAGCUUAAAUGUGCAAAGUUUAAAUGCACACUCAUCGGACAUUGCAACAGAUCGUGUUCUCUGUGCCGUCGACUUGCUCGCUCUCAGUGAGACUUGGGUGGACAACAGCUCGCGCGCAACCGUGGCUGGGUUCCACUGUAUCGCCCAAGAGAAGCGCACCGGAGUAAGAGCUGGAGGAGUUGCCAUCUUGCAGAGCACACAAUCAUCGACCAUGGCUGUUGCUCACGAGAUCAACAAGCUUGAUGCCAGCUACGAUCCGAUGAUGGCGGUGGCGGACGAGUACGGUGACAUCUGCGCCAUUGAAUUGCCGGUUAUGGGCACCCGUACGCUCCUGUUUUCGUUGUAUCUGUCACCGGGUACUACGUUGAAGGAGAAGAAGUUCUUCCUGGCCCGCAACCUGAUCCACUAUUUUAGUGUUGAUACGCCCGUCGUUGUAACCGGCGACUUCAAUAUCGAUGUAUCGAAGCCGGAUAAUUUCGAGUUCAUCGACUUCAUGCGGAUCUAUCUGCGCCUUGAACUAGCUUCGGAUCGAUCGCUUGCGACCACUCUCGGCGGUUCAUGUCUCGACCUGACCUUCAUGCGGAACAUUCGGGUAGCAUGUACGAGGUACUGUGCGUACUUCUCCUACCACAGGCCAAUCCUGUCAGUGCUUGAGCUGCCUUGCGAAGCACCGAUAUGUUCCUCCCAUGAAGAAAGCUCGUAG